AUGGCAGCCCAUGGCGGGAAGGUAGCGCCAAAAUCGGCCGAAAAGAAACUGUCGGAGCUGCGAGAUGAGAUGGUGAAGGCGCAUGUGGACGCGGUCGUGGUGCCCACGGCCGAUCCGCACUUGAUGGAGAACGUCCCAGACUUUUGCAAGCGCAGGGAGUUCAUUUCAGGAUUCACUGGAUCGACCGGAACGGCUGUGGUCACUACCUCCGAAGCUGCUUUGUGGACGGAUGGGAGGUAUUUUCUUCAGGCGGAGAUCCAACUGGGGCCUGGGUGGACACUCAUGAAGAUGGAGACAAAGGGAUGUCCUAAGAUCCCUGAUUGGCUGUGCAAAGCAAUACCAGAAGGUGGACGUGUGGGAGUGGACCCAUUCUGCCACAACGAUUCCCAAAUCCGGAGCUGGCAGAAAAACCUGCAGGAAGCUGGCCGUGAACUUGUGCUGCUGAAGGCAAACCUUGUAGACCAUGUAUGGGGCUCAGAGAGACCAUCUCCACCCAAGGGCUCCCUGCGGGUCCACCAUAUAGAACUGGCAGGCGAAUCAUCCACAUCGAAAUUUGCCAGAGUGCGCAAGGCGAUGGAUGAAAAGGGAGUGAAUGCACUGGUGACCUCUGAUGUUUCAGAGGUUGCCUGGAUGCUGAACCUGCGGGGACAGGAUGAGUUGUACACCCCCAUCUUCAUCUCGUAUUUGAUAUUGACUCUUCAUGAAGCUAUUCUGUAUGUAGACACUGAAAAGGUUACAGAUGAGGUGAGGAGGCAGUUGGAUAUAUGCGGCUGCAAAGUGGAGCCCAUAGAGGACAUCCUUGGUGGAGUAGGAGCCUAUGCCAAUGCCUCCUCGAAGAUAUGGAUGAGUGGGGAGCAGGUCAACUGUGCUAUCUUCAAUGAAGCAAGGCAAGCCUGUGAAGGGCAAAAGGUUGGCAAGAUUGUGGACGACGAGACGCCUAUCAAGUUGUUCAUGGCAGUCAAGAAUGAGGUUGAGAUCGAAGGGAUGAAAGAGGCUCAUAUCCGGGAUGCUGUUGCCAUCAUUGAAUUUCUAUAUUGGCUUGAGAACCAGGUUGCUUCAGGGAAGACCUUCACUGAGGUCGAUGUUGACAGGGAGUUGACAGCCCGGCGAGCGGUGCAGCCCGGAUUCGUCGGUCUCAGUUUCCCCACCAUUGCUGGCGCAGGACCCAAUGGGGCUGUGAUACACUACCAUGCUGAGGAAGAGUCCUGUGGGACAGUGGACAAACACACGCUUCUGCUCAUAGAUUCUGGUGCCCAAUACGACUGUGGCACAACUGAUGUGACCCGAACAUUGCACCUUGGAGAGCCCACAUCUUAUCAGAAGAAGUGCUUCACCAGAGUCUUGCAGGGCCACAUUCAGAUGGACAUGGCACGCUUCCCUGAGGAUACCCCAGGGAUGGCCAUUGACGGCUUGGCGCGGAUGUACUUGUGGCGAGUGGGUUUGGACUAUCGACAUGGAACAGGACAUGGUGUUGGGUCCCACCUGUGUGUGCAUGAAGGGCCCAUGUCGAUCUCGCAUCGCUAUCAUCUGAAAAAUACGCACAAUCCGCUGAAGGCGAACAUGAUCGUGAGCAACGAGCCAGGAUACUAUGAAGACGGCAGCUUUGGGGUUCGUGUUGAGAAUUUGGCGCUCAUCAAGGAGGCACACACAGAGCACAACUUUGGAGGCGUGAAGUUCUUGGAGUUCGAGCCCAUCACGUACGUGCCCCUGCAGAAGAAGAUGAUUGCGGCAGAGCUCCUUUCCCAGGAGCAAACGCAGUGGGUAAACAACUACCAUGCUCAGGUCUGGGACAAGGUAUCUCCCCGCCUGUCUGAUGAAGCGAGAGAGUGGCUGCGCGUCGGCGUGGCGCCUUUGUAG